UUUAAAUUUCCCGCCAAAGUUCAUGCCUUGCAAAAUUCAUGUGUCUCAACACAGGGAAGGGGUGUGAGAGGUGGGAGUCAGCAUGCAGCCUGGCCAGCCUGGUUCUCAGUCUCUGCUUUGUUUUGAUUAUGUAAAGUGGCCGUGCAGGAAUGGCAUCUGGGAUGAAGAGCAGAAUUCCGAGGGGGCAGCAAGCCACUCCAAAGGGCCCCAGUGGGCGCCUGGGCAAACUUAACCCCAUAUUUCAGAAACAGACAUCAGCUAUGGAGGCCUCGCAGCUAUCGCCGUUGAUCGUGAAGCAAGCUCGCAAAAGUGGAAAACUCAAUCUGUCAGGCAAGAGUCUGACAACAGUCCCAGAGCGAGUGUGGACGCUGGACAGUCUGGACGAGUUGGAAAUAAAGUCGCUAGAAAUGCGUAUUUCAGAUAGCGCUCGUGAUGAGGAAGACUCAAAAUGGUGGGACCACGAACCACUGACUAACCUGGACAUCAGUAACAACUGCAUCACCAGCAUUUCUCCAAGUAUCAAAUAUGCAGCAGCGUUAACCACUUUAAUGCUUCAGCAUAACAGCCUUUGCACUUUGCCUAAUGAAAUAGGCCAGCUGCAAAGAUUAAAAAUACUCAACCUGAGCCACAACAAGCUGACAGAUUUGCCUGAGGGAGUUUUUGGCCUGAAAGAGUUGCGGCAGCUGAAUUUGUCUUUUAAUCACUUGGAAGAUUUGUCUGAAUCGAUUGGAGAUCUCAAUAUGCUCGAAAAACUGGACCUGUCACACAAUCGACUGACCGUCCUCUCGCCUGGUAUUGGUUUCCUAACCCACCUCACGCACCUAAUGGCCACGCACAACCAAAUCGCAGAUGUGCCUCCUGACGUGGGAAAUCUCAGGGUUUUGCGCGAACUCGACUUAUCUAACAACGAGAUCCCAUCUUUGCCACUACUUGGUGAGUUAAGGAAACUCGAGAUUUUCAGAGCGGAACACAACAACAUCACUGACUUGCCUGACUUCACGGGUUGUGCCUCCAUUCACGAGGUGCACCUUUCUGGAAAUUGCAUCGCUGAGCUGUCGGAAACGGAACUUGAGGCACUGGAGCAAGUUCGAGUGCUGUGCUUGCGCGACAACAAACUGGAGGUUAUUCCAGAGUCUGUCACUUGUCUAAAAAAUCUCAUUCGACUCGAUGUCGGCAACAACGGCAUCAAGGAUUUGCCAGCUUGCUUGUCCUUGUUACCGCACCUGAGCACUCUGACGCUGGAUGGCAAUCCUCUGAGGACGAUCCGCACGGACGUAAUCAAAGGAGGCACAACGCGGGUGCUCAAGGUCCUCCGGGGGCAGCUGAGCAACGACUUGUCGCCUAGCAUGAAUCAAAACUCUGGUUUGCCGGGAAUGAAUGCUCAGCCAUGGCCGAACAAGUACAACAUGAAGUCAAGCAGAUCGCUCAACCUGGGAAUGCGGCAGAUUACCGAAGUGCCUGAUGAAGUUUUUGAAGAGGCAGUACAAGCUGAGGUGUACAAUGUGGAUCUUUGCAAGAAUCUCCUUACGCAAGUUCCAUCAGGCGUGACACUGGUGGCUGAACUGCUUACCGAGCUCAACUUGUCCAACAACAAGCUUACCACACUGCCAACCACUCUGACCGCUUGCAAAAGGUUGCAGUACUUGGAGGUCAGCCAAAAUUUGCUGACGGAUUUGCCACCAAACUUUGACGCGUUUGAGCAGCUGCGCGAGAUAAAUUUCUCCUUUAACAGGUUUGAAGCAGUGCCAGCAUGUUUGUAUGGGUUGCCCAAGCUGGAAAUCCUCAUGUGCAGAGACAACAAAAUUAAGGAAAUUGAUGCAGUGGGGCUGGGCAGCAUUCCUCGGCUGGCCACUCUGGACCUGAGCAACAACGAUAUAAGUUCAGUCCCACCUCAGCUUGGUUUGAUUCGGCUCCACUGCCUAGAGUUGGCAGGGAAUUCGUUCAAAGUGCCAAGGCAGAACAUCUUGUCGAAGGGAACCCCAUCGAUUCUCUCUUACCUUCGAGACCGACUGCCAAAGUGAUAUAAGUAUAUCCAUCCCUACUUUUCCUUCUCACAUUUAGUGGUGAUUUGCAGCUGCGAUUUCAACUUUGUUUAGUACUUGGAAGUUUUUAACCGAUUUCGUUCCAUUUUCCUGAACUGCUAUUUUGUGCUUGUGAUGUUAGCUUCAAUGCCCUUUGUUGCGUGGAAUGUGAGUGGCACAUAUGUUGUAAAAAUUGUCGUUAUAUAUAGUACAAAUUUACCUCGAUUUCGAUACACGUCACUAGUGAUAUUUGUGAGAUGCCAUAAAAUGAAAGUUUUAUUUAUUUACAUAGUUCCGUGGAGAAUAAAUGGCGGCUACGUUAUUUGUAAGUUUAGUUCCCAUUAUUUAGUCUGUCACUGAAGGUGAAUCUGAAAGUGUGCUGUGUUAUUUCAAGAGAUAUUGUGUUUUCCCUUUUAUAUACUCUGUUAUUCACAAGUGAGGCUAUGAUUUUUGUGAUUCGUUAAAAAAUGCUCCACAAAAUAUAUAUACUGCAAAGCUAA